AUGGAUCAUGAAAAACAAUCAGAAAUAAAGACUUCAACUACUUUUAAAGAUUCAAGUGCUAUCUCCGUACAUUCAUCAGAUAAUAAUCAAUAUCCAUCGGAAUUAUCACCAAAAUCAUCCAUCUUAGAUUCAAAUGACACAUCACCUGCAACUCAUUCAAGAAAUAGAAUUCAAAGAUUUGUUGAUUCAUUUAAACCAAUUCAAGUUGAAGAUGAUGGAAUAGAUACUAGUAAAUUAACACCUAUUGAAAAAUCCAACUUAGCUUCUUCUCGUCAACCACUAGGUCGUCAAUUGAAGAGUAGACAUUUACAAAUGAUUGCAAUUGGUGGUUCUAUAGGAACAGGGUUAUUUGUUGGUAGUGGUUAUGCUUUAAGUCAAGGUGGACCAGGUUCAUUAUUAUUAGGUUAUUUUGUUGUUGGAGCUUCGUUAUUAGUUGUAGUAUUGAAUUUGGGAGAAUUAUGUGUUCAAUUUAAAAAUAGGAAUUUUAAUGAUUUUCAUAGUAGAUUGCUUGAUCCAUCUAUUGCAUAUACACUUACAAUCAUGUAUAGUGUUUCAUGGAUUAUUUCAUACCCAUCUGAACUUAUAGCUGCUGCAAUGACAAUUCAAUUUUGGAAUGAUUCUAUAAAUCCAGCUUUAUGGGUUGCAAUAAUUUGGAUAGUUAUAACUUUAAUAAAUUUAUUUAAUGUAAGAAUUUAUGGAGAAUCAGAAUUAAUACUUUCAAUUAUUAAAGUUCUUGCAGUUAUUGGAUUUAUAAUACUUGGAAUUUGUAUAAUCUGUGGAGUUGGUGAUCAAGGUUAUAUUGGAACUAAAUAUUGGCAUCCAAUAGUAGCUAAUGAUUUUUCAGGAAGUUUUAUUUCUUUUAAAAGUUUAGCAUCUGUUUUUAUUACAUGUGCUUUUGGAUUUGGUGGGAUUGAACUAGCUGCUUUAGCUUCAUCAGAAGCUGCAAAUCCUAGAAAAUCUCUUCCUAAAGCAACAAAGGGUGUAUUUUGGAGAAUUUUAAUAUUUUAUGUAUUAACUGCCGUUAUUAUAGGUUGUUUAGUUCCAUAUUCUAAUAGUGAUUUAUUGGAUGGUGAAGGUAUAGCUGCAAGUCCAUUUGUGAUAGCUGUUAAUUCUGCAGGAAUCAAUGUUGUUCCUCAUAUCAUGAAUGCUGUAAUUGUGAUAGCAGUUGUAUCAGUUGGCUCAUCUUCAGUUUAUGGAGCAUCUAGAACAUUAGCUUCCUUAGCAGCACAAGGUUUAAUUUGGGACUUUUUUGGAUAUAUUGAUAGACAAGGUAGACCAAUUGUUUCUAUAAUUCUCACUUCUUUAAUUGGUUUGUUAGGUUUUUUGGUUGUAAACAAGAAUGAAGGUGAAGUAUUUACUUGGUUUUUUUCAGUAUGUUCAUUAGCAUCGUUUUUUAUUUGGUCUUUUAUUUGUGUUGCUCAUAUAAGAUGGAGAUGGGCGUUACAUGCACAAGGGCGUUCAAGUGAUGAAAUUAUUUUUAAAUCCCCAUUUGGUACGAUUGGUUCAUGGAUUGCAUUAGCCGUAUUAUUAUUUAUAAUAGCAGUUAUUAUCUGGGUCGGUAUUAUGCCACUUGGAGAAGAUGGUCCUGAUGUAGUUACAUUUUGGCAAAAUUGUUUAUCUUUACCUUUACUUAUAGUUAUUUGGGCAGCUCAUAAAACAUAUUAUAAGACUUGGAAUCAAUUUUGGAUUAAAUUGAAAGAUAUUGAUUUAGAUACAGGUAGAAGAGAAGUUGAUUUAGAUUUGUUAAAACAAGAAUUAUUAGAAGAGAAGGAAGCUCUUGCUCAAAGACCAAUUUGGUAUAGAAUUUAUCGUUUCCUAUGCUAG